GCGGACCGUUCUUCCCUUUUCGCAAGUUCUUUAUUUGACCACUUGCUUGUUCAAUAAAUUUUAAUUUUUGUUUUAUUAUUUCACCCACUGCAACGGCCCAGGCCCACGGGACUAAGUUCUUACACGCUCAGCUGCGAGAAGACCCCCUUUCAAUACUAAAAGACAAAAUGGUAAUUUCCGACCAGCUUGCGGAAGAGCUGGGGACGAAAAUCACCACCGAUUUUGCCCACCGGAAAACGGUGAAGCAACGGCGGGAACUGGUGUCCAAAGUGCUCGUAUGGAUUGCAAAAAUGUCUGGGUCUGGAAGAUUGCAACUUGUCAUGCUGAAACCGAAUCAUGCAAAAAUCUGCGUUGCAUGACUGCCAAAAGCUGCCCACUUUCGACCAAGUUGGGCGGGAGUUUCUCAUGCAGGAUGGGCAUGGCAGAGAUCUCCCGGACUCUGUCAUGCUAGGUCCCGCAUUCCAGACCUCAUGGGUCAUGGAAAACCUGCAUGACAAGUUUGCAUUCUUCCAGACCCAGACAUUUUUACAUUUGAUAGCUCGGCCCGAAGGAUGAGGAAACCGGGAAAUUUCCGGACAAGGAGGUUCGGAAACUAUCCUGAGUAAAAACGUACCCACACCAGAGUUGUAAUGCAGAUUUGCAAAGACAGGAAGACUUGUAAUGCGCAACCCCAUGACAGGCAUUCUCAAGCGUGUUUGCGUUUGGGAGCUUGUAAUACUGUAAACAGGAUUAGCAGAUCGAUUUGUUAUGCGGAUUCCCUUGCUAAACUGCACUACAAUACAGCCUGCAACUUGUCAUGCGUGACUCACAAAACUCCUAGGCUUGUGUUGCAAAAUCCUCAUCCUGACUCUGGUGUGGGUACGUUUUUACUCAGGAGAGAAACUGGCGGUUAUUCUGGUGCAAAUAGCCGUGUACACGGGUAGUUUAGAUAAGUUCCAGUCUUUGAAACGGGACGACAAAAUGUCCAUGAAGAAAAUUGUGAACAAGAUGGUGAACAACAAAAAAGACGGCGGGUUCCCGAAACUGUGCAACACCCUGUUCGAGUCUGGGCCGCCGUUACCGCCCAUAGUGUGGAAGUUGCGCGAGGCGCCGAAGCCGGUCGGAUUCAUGGCAAAGAUGGCGAACAAACAAUCCUUGAGCAAACAGUGCUCCCAGAGCCUGUUGAAGAGUGGAAGCACCGCAUCGUUGGGCGAUCUGGUGGUGUCUGCCGCGGCCGGAGACAUGGCAAAGAAAUUGGAAAGACGGCAGUCACAGGAGCAGGGCAGUCUGCUCGGAGGAGGUGCCGAUGAACAAGUAGGGGCUCGUCCAGCAAGUCCGUCUGCUGGAGGAGCUCUCGGUUCGUCGUAAGAAGAAACAUUUUUUUUUGCUGAUGAAAACCUGGCUGCUGUUGACGAGAGUCAAUUUCUUCUUGCGAUGAAUACGAUGCAGCAACAAGAGCAGCAACGCCAAAAACUUUCUUUGUAUGAGCAAAACGAAUGCUUGAGCUCGUGUACCCCACGACGACGCUGAAAAAAAAAUAAAAAUUCAUACAGCGGCUUUGAUCUUCGUCUUCCAAGAACACAUCCAAUUUUACAGACUUUCAAAUCGAACACGCACGACAUCGGAAGAACUCCAGCUG